AUGCCUUGUACUGGGAAGGACAAGGGUGAGGAUGUGGAGAUUGUUGAGGGUGAGGGGGGAUUGCGUAUGAAGUUUGAGAAGAUGAAGUUGACUCGGGAUGGGGAGGUCUGGCUAGAGGUGGAGGAUGAGGGGAGCGGUGAGGAGAGUGACGAUGGUGAGGAGAGUGACGAUGGUGAGGGGGAUGAGGAUGAGGACGAAGAUGGCGAUGAGGAGUGGCAAGAGGACGAUGUGGAGUACUAUGAGGAGUCUGAGGAGUACUAUGAUGAUGAUUAUGAGGAUUACGGUGAGUCGGAUUCGGUUGGAUAA